UACUCCAUCGUUUCUUGCUCCCUUUGCCUCUCUCUCUCUCUCGAGAAUUUUCCGUCAAAAGAAUUUAGAUACAGACUUCUCUCCUUUGUCUGCGAAUAUAUACACAUAUUCACGUAUACACACACUCUCUCUCUACAGAGGAAAGUUCUGAACGUGUCUCUUAUCGUUACCCCAAACCUCUCGAUCUUGUUCCUUGUUUUCUUCUGCUCGCAGUUUCUCUCCGCAUUUUCUCCAAGUUUCCAGGUUGCAGUUUCUUAUGCCGAAGACUGUUGCCAUUUCAAAGCUUGUACAUUUUUCUUGAAGAAUAGGUUUUUUCAGAAUUCGAGUCUUCCCCCGUUCCUCGACAUGCUCCUGGUUUUGGUUGAAUGGUGUUGGAGUCAAUGUUGUUUAAAAAACAUAUAGAAAGCAUUCACUGCGCUUGUUAAUGUCGGUGUGAUAUAUCCGUGUUCUUAAGAGCUUGGGGAGUAAGUGUAGUAGAGGGGUUUGUCUUAUUUUCAAGACUUUGGAUGGGUAAUAAGCUCGGGAGGAAGAGGCAAGUGGUCGAUGAGAGGUAUACAAGACCGCAAGGGUUGUAUGCUAGUAAAGAUGUCGACUUUAAAAAGCUGAGGAAACUGAUAUUAGAGUCUAAGCUUGCCCCAUGCUAUCCCGGGGAUGAGGAAUGCUGCCACGAUCUCGAAGAAUGUCUAAUUUGCUUUCUGUACUACCCGAGCCUGAAUAGAUCGAGAUGUUGCAUGAAAAGCAUUUGUACAGAAUGUUUUUUGCAGAUGAAGAAUCCUAAUUCAGCUCGGCCUACUCAGUGCCCUUUUUGUAAAACAUCCAAUUAUGCCGUUGAAUACAGAGGAGUAAAGACAAAGGAGGAAAAGGGCAUUGAACAAAUUGAAGAACAGCGGGUAAUAGAAGCACAAAUUAGGAUGAGGCAGCAGGAACUUCAGGAUGAAGAAAGAAUGCAGAAACGACUGGAAUCAUGUUCUUCUAGCACGAGUGCUGUGACUGCCGAUAUGGAAUAUGGUUCAGCUGCAUCUGUGUCAUAUAAUUCUCAUGUGGAGGACGGGGAAGUUGUUUCUUCUCAGGAUGCAUGUUCUGCAUCAGCAGUCAGACGACCGCCAUGUCCUCGGGGAUACAGCAGGAGUGAUGAGUUUAAUGUUGAUCUUGAGGACCUUAUGGUCAUGGAAGCAAUAUGGCUUUCCAUUGAGGAAAAUGGCGUGCAUGGAACUACAACACGCGAGGAAAUCACCUCUUCUGCUCAGUAUGUACCAGAAGAUCGUUACGUUUCACCAUCUACGGUGCCUACUAUCAGACCAUCAUCAUCGCCGUCCUCUUCAUCUCCAUCCGGUGGGCUGGCUUGUGCCAUUGCAGCUCUUGCUGAACGGCAGCAAUUGGUCUGUGAAUGUGAAUCCUCCAGCAACAAUAUCCAUAAUGUGAAUGCUUCCUCGUACAGCAUGUUUCCAGGCAGUUGUACCGGCUAUUACAGCAUUGCAGAACAAUGUAUAGAUGAUAGCACUUACCCUGAAUCCGGGGCAUCUGUUCACGGAUCGCUGAAUACGAAAGAGCCGGGAUCGAGCUAUGCAAUCUCAGGCAUGAGUGAUGGUGAUGAUAGUGUCAGCGAGAAUUCCAGGGAAACUUGAAGAAGCUUCCGGAAUCUUCCUCCACCACUUCCUCCCAUUGUUCCAGAGAGUUUUGAGGAGCAGAUGAUGUUGGCAAUGGCAGUCUCUCUGGCAGAGGUUCACUCCACGACAAGCUCACCCAUGGGAGUUGCAUGGCAAUGAUAAUGCAAAGGUAAUAGAACCAAGAACUAAGAUAAGUCAUUGCCAUCCUUAUUUGGAAAUGGGUGGUUUAGAUUGUUGGUUUUAGGGUUUAGUUAGAGAGGAGAGAUUUUGUCUAAAAGAGACAAAUUGAAAUAUAUAUAUAUAUAUAUAUAUAUAUCUGCAUGUUUUGUCUCUUUGGUGUUUACUUUGGUUUCCUCACACAUCACACUCCAUUUGUAUCA